UUAGUGAUUUCACAGUAUACAUUUUAUACAUAGAUUGAUGGAGGAAGCAUUUGUUGUUAAGGAUCCUUUCAGUGCAGAUGGAGGAAUGAUUACAUUGGGGUCUAGCUGUUGUAUUUGUGGAGCCAGAGUAUGUCUGUCACAGGGUUGCAGUUUAUUUUACACUAAACGCUUUUGCCUAACUUGUGUGAAAAGAAACAUGAAAGAAUUCCCAAUGGAGAUAACAGAGAAACUUGGUCUGACGUAUGAAUCAUUGACAGAUGUCAGCAAAUUGUCAGAGUCCUGUCACAUGGUCUUCUGUGAUAAAUGACUCUCAAGCAUGAUGCAGAGCCCGGCUUAUCGCGGACCGUAAUGAAAGCGCAAGCGUUUUUAAGUAGUUAAAUAUAACUAACCUUGGUCGCAAAUAAAAAAUAGUUUUUCAUUGACUUGCUUUGUGAAUCUUGCAAGGAAAAGACAUUUAAACAUAUCACUGAUUUUUUGACGUGACACAUUACACGUUAAACCGUUUGCGAAUGAAUGUUGAAAUACAUCCUUUGUUUAUUCUG